CAAAAUAUAAAAUGAUGUCCCAAUAUUUAGAAGAACUAGAACAGGAUCCCUUUGAUGUGGUAGCCUUUAUCGACCGUCUAACAUGGCGCACCAACAACGAAACUGGGAGUGAUGAAUUAAAUCCAGAAGCUUUACACGAUACCUUCGUCCAAACAAUCAAAGACUUAAAGAUUCUUCAAGAAAAACAGAGAAAGAAGCGUGAGGCUCUUGAGGAAACACUACGAGAAGAGCAACAGGCCUAUGCCCAAAGUCUACUCAAAUUGCAGGAACGCCAUCAGCUAGCUGUUGAAUGUUUUCAACAAUUGGACGAGAAAAUCAAUUCUGUAGCUGGAAAAAUUCUUCACAUCGGCGAACAACUCGAAAAUGUAAAUACUCCUCGAAGUCGAACUCUAGAAGCCCACAAGCUGCUCAAUCAUAUGUCAGAGUUUCUUGUAUCGGGUCCACUAGUUAGUGAGACUUUCACCGACCAAACUAAAUUACAUGAAGCUGCUGACAUCAUACAAAAACUAUACACCAUCGCUCAGGAUUUGCCAGAAGAAAAGUUUGGUGAGGCAAAGAAGAAAAUCGAAAAGAAAUACGACGAGAUUGAGCGGAAGUUGAUUGAAGAAUUUGCUACUGCCCAAAAAAGCGAGGACAUCGAGAAAAUGAAAACCAUAGCUAAUAUCUUGUCACAGUUCAAAGGCUAUGCUCAAUGUAUUGAUGCGUAUAUCGAACAAAGUCAAAUGACUCCCUACGGAGGUAAAGACAUCUACAUUGGAAUUCUGCCCUUAUGCAAGCACCACUACGAAAUUAUCAAAAAAGUGUUUGCUAAUCCUAAUCAAGUGAUGUCCAAGUUCAUUUUGAAUAUAUACCAAUUGAAGCUCUACCAAUAUGCUCAUACAAAAUUAGAAGACAAAAGAGAUGAAGAAAAGCAUCUUCGAACAUUAUAUGAGCUUUAUUCUAGAACAAUAAAGCUCUCAGCUGACCUCCAAGAAUUCAUGACAGAAGCCGAUGAUGAUCUCCUAAAUAAAUUGACUUCACACAUUUUUACCAAGCAUCUAGUUAACUACAUUGAAAUCGAAACGACUUUUCUUAAGAAGAAAUGCACAAUUGAACUCGAACGGUAUUACGCAAGUAAAAAGCAUCAAAAGAAGCAAUCGGAAAGAUUUCAGGAUCUUCGAAGAGACAUGCAAGCGCUAAUUGGAACGAGAGCAAAUAUAAAUAUUGCCCAGAUCGAGGACUAUGGUGGAGAGACAUUCCUUUCGGAGGAGUUGGCGAUAAAUUUGUUGCAGGAAGCAAAGGCUUCCCUGAAACGAUGUCGUCUGCUAUCCAAGGACACAGAUUUGCCAGCAAAUAUCCUCAAGCUUACCGAUAUUCUUUUGCGUUUUAUGAUGCAUGAACAUGUCAAUUAUGCCUUGGAACUGGGUCUACAAGCCAUUCCUUUGGGUGAGACUAAGGUUUUUCCUCAAAUUUACUUCUUCGAUGUUGUCCAAAAGAGCAACAUAAUUGUACAUCUCUUGGAAAAACUCUAUGCUGAAUGUGUAGUUCCAUGUAUAAUAAAUACCCCAAAAUACUCAGAUUAUAUAUUUAAGAAGCGUGUGAUGAUGGAACAAAUUGAGCAGAGACUUGACACAGGUUUAGAUCGGGCAAUGAACGCUGUCAUGAAUUGGGUUAAAAUCUACCUGCAAUCUGAACAAAAGAAAACCGAUUUUAAACCAGACGAAGAUGUGGAUACGCUAGCGUCCUCUGCAUGUGUUAGUGUUGUGCAAAACCUUCAGCCUACGAUUGCACAAUUGAAAAAAUGUGUAGACGGAGAGAACUUACAAAACGUCCUAACUGAAUUUGGAGUACGUUUGCACCGAGUUAUCUAUGACCAUUUGCUUACACUUCAAUUCAGUGCUGCGGGUGCAAUGUGCGCUAUCUGCGACGUAAACGAAUACAGGAAGUGUAUAAGAGAAUUGGAUAGUGCUUUGGUGACGCAGCUAUUCGACAUCAUGCAUGCUUUGUGUAAUUUACUGUUGGUGAAGCCCGAGAAUUUACUUGAAGUUUGCACUGGUGAAACUUUGAAUUACUUGGAUAAGUCGGUGGUGAGGCAAUUCAUUCAACUCAGAGGCGAUAUUAAGUACCUCAAAACAAAUACCACUUACUUAAAGGAAAUAAUGGAGUAAAUGGACAGAAAUUGUAGUCCAAUUAAUUUUUUUUGUUUAUAAGUAUGAAAUAAGUUUUUAUUAAUUUUGUUUAUUAUUAAGAAUAUUUCGAUUUAGCUAAUCCCAUGUAUUAAAUACAAUUUAAUAGA